AUGCGCGCUGCUAUUGAUCCCCUCCUUCCCUCUUCCUCUUCAGUGCUCAUUUUUGGCGACCCGACCGCUCAGCCACCUACGCCCAAGCUUACUCCCUCAACCACCUCCUUCUUUCCGAGCACGCCCACGCCCGGGCUGGACUGGACUCCUCGUUUUGCCGAGGACUUCUGCGUCUUCGACCCUUCCCCAGGCAGCCUUCCGGGCUCGCAGGGUUCAUUUGCCGACUUCGUCCCGCCCUUCUCUCCCAACGUUGGCCCGCCAGCAUACCAGCCAACGGCCUCCUUCCCGACGACGCAAAAACAGCACAAGCGGCCGCUAUCCGUGGGCAGCCUUGCGGCAGAGGUGGCAACCCAUGUUAAUUACGUCCCAUCCAACCCCAAUCUACCUCUGCCACCCGUCGAACCUUCUCGGCGGCUUCCCUCCUCCCCCAGCCCGCUUAUCUUAGUGGCCACUACUACUGCAACGACUGCUGCCGGGACCGACGAGGAAAAUAACGGGGAGAACUUGUCAAACAGGCAGUCACUGCCACCUCCGGGCGGCCCGGGGCUUCCCAGAUCGUCCAAGAAGCUACGCCGGAACUCGGCCGUUGUCGCUGUGAAAGAGCUACAACCGACGGGCCAGACUGCCACACCGCCGCCUUCGGUGAAAAAGACGACUCGAAUGCUCGCACCGAAACUGCACGCGGACAGUAUGCAAAAUGAGCAGGGCUACGGCCACCAACCUCAGAUGCCACACCCCGACUAUGUCGCCGCGUCACAGCAGCAACACAUGUCCUUUGUGGCGAGCCCGACUGACAUGUUCGGCUACCCGAUAUCAGCACCUGCCUCCGCGUCGGCCUAUGACCAUGCCAGGACGUUCUGGGGUAACAAUGACACCGGUGUGGGCGCCAUGGAAGUCGAUUUCUCUGUUGCCGGUGCUCACGUCUUCCAGACGUCCGCGGCUGUCCAACAACAGCUCAACUCGUUUGACUGGACACAGGCGAAUCAAGACAACCAGAUUCUCGACACGACAUCCAUCGACCAGGCAGCAUUGUAUGCAGGCACUUAUCCCACCCCAGUCGAUGACCCAUUUGGUGCUAGCAGUCCAAGUGGAGGGGUAGAUCCCGGCCUGCUCUUUAGCCGGCCGCCGUCGUCUAGCAUGGAUGCAGUGGCUUCUGGGCCUCUCGGCGUUGCAGCAGCUUUAACGGGUACCACUGGAUACGCCGCAUUACCGCAGCUUUCUAGCUCGUCUGUUGCCCUGCAUGCGAUUCAGGCAUCACAGAGCAGUCCUCGACGCGGAUUGACGGCAACAGCCACCGCCGGGGUGCGGCAAGAACUCCGCCGUAGUUCAAGCGUCAAAGAGCUCGCGCCACGGAGGAAAGCCAGCGACCGGACAUUGACAAGCUCUCCAGUCAAGUCUCUGAGCCGGCCUGGACUGUCGCGCAGCUUCAGCGACAGUCGCGGCCCGCGACUUCGGGGUCGUGCCUCCCUGCCGACGCUGGCACCAGCUCUGAAGCCAGCGCCGGCGACAGCCGCACAGCCAGCACCAGGGCUGGCUAGUCUGGGCACAAGCCUUGGCAUCACCCGUACCCCGAGGUCACGGAACUCGGUCAAGUUCAGAAUCGACUCCAAUGGCCGUGCUCGGGUCGAGCCAGCUUUCGAAGGGGACCAGGAGGCUUCGCCGUCAACCCUUCGGCGCAACCAGAGUGCGCGGUCUCUGCACAACAAGUCGCAGUGGGACUCGUCUUCCGAAGGCGACUCAUCGUCAGCAGACGAUGAGCCUAUCAUCAUUCCGAGUCGGACGUCCUCUUUCGCUCUGCCGGACCCGGCCAAGCCAACAAUCGGCCGCGGUCCGCUUCAUUCCUCACAACGUAGCGGCAGCAGCGGCAGCAACAUGUUUGCGUCGAUGCGCGUAGACGACCCGGAAAGCGAAGCGGAGACGGUGGUAAACGACGUGCCGAAAGGUGCUGGUGAUGCGGCGAGCGAGCUGGAAAAGCUCCGACAGCGGCGACAGAAGCGUCCUGGCUUGACGGGCAGUAGCAGCAUGAACAACCUUCUCGGCAGCGCUCAGCGAGGCUUGCGAUUCAACUCGAUCAGCGGAGGCGCCGGGUAUCACGGAGGCCUGGCCGCCUCGCCGACAGCACUCACAGACGUCAGCAUGCUCACACCGACAUCCAUUUCACACAGCAACGGAGUCCGAUGUAUAUGCGGACUGCCCGACGCUCCUGUCGGGGACGAUGGCUUCGUUGUGCAGUGCGAAAACUGUGAAAUGUGGCUGCACGGCCGGUGCAUCAACAUCACCAAGCGCACGCUGCCUUCAGUGUACGUCUGUGCCUAUUGUGCACAGACUCCAAGUGCUCGAGGCAUGCGGAUGCCUCCACCAGGCGCGGGCUCAUCGCCGCUCGCCCACAAGUCGUUGAAGAAGUUCCGGCACGUCAUAGUCGAUCCGAUCGAGAUGUCGCCACAGCUCUUCGCAGCGACUUGCAACGGCCGACUUCGGCAGGCGGGGUCAGCUAGUUUCGCCUACACUUGUCUUUCUUUUGGCACCUAUCUGACCGGUAUUGAUUCUUACACGAUGUCGGCGUUCAACAUUGUUGUGUUUGGUGGCGACCACUCCGGUCCGGAGGUUGUGGCUGAGGGCAUCAAGGUUCUCAAGGCGAUUGAGGCGUAUAGCCCGUCGAAGCCCAAGUUCAACCUGCAGGACCACCUGCUGGGAGGUGCGUCGAUCGACAAGACAGGCUCAGCGCUGGCGGACGAAGCGCUGGAGGCGGCACGGGCGGCGGACGCGGUGCUGCUGGGAGCGAUUGGCGGGCCAGAAUGGGGGCCGGACGCAGCAGUGCGGCCGGAGCAGGGUCUUUUGCGGAUCCGCAAGGAGCUGCAGACGUUUGGCAACCUGCGGCCGUGCUCGUUCGCGUCGGAUCAGCUGGUCGAGUACUCGCCGCUCAAGGCGGAAGUCUGCCGCGGCACCGACAUUAUGAUGGUGCGCGAGCUCACGGGCGGCAUCUAUUUCGGCGACCGGCGCGAGGACACGGGCGAUGGCACGGCACUCGACACGGAGCCGUACUCGCGCGCCGAGAUCGAGCGGAUCGCCCGUCUUGGUGGCUACCUCGCCCUCGCUGACGACCCGGCCAACCCGAAGCCGGUCUGGAGCCUGGACAAGGCCAACGUCCUGGCAACGUCGCGGCUCUGGCGCAAGACCGUCUCGGACGUGUUCGCCCGCGAGUUUCCGCAGGUCAAGCUGGGCCACCAGCUGAUCGACUCGGCCGCCAUGUUGCUGGUCAAGAACCCGCGCGCUCUCAACGGCAUCGUCAUCACGAGCAACCUGUUUGGCGACAUCAUCAGCGACGAGGCCAGCGUCAUCCCCGGCAGCAUCGGCCUCCUGCCCAGCGCCAGCCUCGGUGGCAUUCCCGACGGCAAGGGCAGGUGCAACGGCAUCUAUGAGCCCAUUCACGGCUCUGCUCCCGACAUCUCUGGCAAGGGCAUCGUCAAUCCCAUCGGCACCAUCCUGUCCGUCGCCAUGAUGCUGCGCUACUCUCUGCUGCUGCCAAAAGACGCUGCUGCCGUCGAGGCUGCCGUCAAGGCCGCUCUGGACGGCGGUCUGCGCACAAAGGACCUCGGCGGAAACGCCAGCACGAAAGAGGUCGGCGAUGCCGUCGUGGCUGAGCUCCAAAAGCUGUACAAGCAGUAG